CGCCGCCGAGCACUCCGGCAAACAACAAAAUGGCGUGCGAUAAGGUACCCGCGCACUUCAGCUGGUCAUGCGCUUAAACCCGUGAAACCUACUGCUAUCGUGAAUGAGCCACAACUUUGUGGUAUUAGGCUGCCGAUAAGCUACCGUAGAAGGAUGUUUGUUCUGCACACAAGGCUGUCAGUGCGCCUAGGACAACUUGAAGAUUGGUAGCAUGCCAGACUACUUUGUUUUUCAAUGUCAUGGACGAUUCCAAGCGCAAAAUCAGUCGUGAACUGAAGCAGCUGUGGCACACGCUCAACUCUGUGCCUAGUAAUAGGAAACAGUUGCAGGAAAAGCUUCUGGAUGUUUUCCUGGCUAAGCUGAUCACCCAGUACAGAGAUGUGCCAUACUCAAACCGCUUGACAGAAUGGGUGAGUGCAGGAAACCUCCUUGCGCACAUGCUGUUAUCAGAUGUGAGCCGAGCCUGUGAAGAAGGUGAUUCUGCUGUGUGCAAGUAUUUGCAACAUGGAAGAGGCUGGAAGUUGCUAUGGGUCCUUAUACGGAUUGGUGUCGAGGUACUUCCGUGUGCUCGGGAACUCGCCCAGGUUAUGGUGUCAAUGCUAUCCCUUUUUGCACUGUGGGAGACAUCAGCACAAGAUGGGUUCGCAUGUGAGGUGGACCUUGUCGCUCUAGACCAGUGUGGCUCUACAAGGCAUGCGUUCCCAGGUAAUUACCAUGAAAUAGAGCCAAGGCAACGGAAAUUUCGGCAUUCCAUCAGGCGCCCAGCUGUUCAAGCCUCCCUCUCAUCGUCGUCGUCGUCCUCAUCAGCAUCUUCUGAUUCUGAUGAGAAGCAGCACAGUAUUCCCUUGGCUCUUCUCAAGAGAAGCAUCUCGUUUCUUCUCCCUUUCAAAGGGACUGGAUCUAAGAGAGAAGCUUUAGAGUCUGCUACUGAGGGAGAAGACCAGCAAACUUGGGCUGUACAGCACUCUGAUGACGACAACAAAAACAUCAACUGCCUGCUAUCCGACAUCCCAAUAACUGAAAAGGAAAUUGACAUGCAGGAUGCUAAGGCAUCUCCGCUCUUCUUGAUGAGGUGCAUUCUCGAAGUUGUGCGUCAGGUGUGCGGUUCUGAGAUGCAGAAUGACCGCUCUUGCGCAGCGCUCUUGGUUUCCAGUUCAGCUCUUCCCCAAGCGCUUCACCUUCUCAACUCCUUAUGUAGGACUUCUGAAGGGCAGCCGUUGGUUCACAGUGUAAUUGGAACGGAGAACACUGUCUUAGUAUCCAGAACUGUCCUGCGGCUUGUACUAACUUCAGCGUCUACUCUCCUCGGGAACAGCUACAAUCUCAGAGACGUAGCCUCGAAGGAUCUCGAUCUAGUUUACUGUUUGCUUGAUGCUGCGCAAGAGCAAAAGAAAAUGCGCAGAGACAUUUUAGCAUUGGAGAUAAUCUUGACUGCCUUGCUGAUAGUGCGAGAUGUCUGCUGUUGCUUUCCAGCUCGCAAUGGCAACAUUGGGUUGCUGAUUGGCACUGUUCAGACCUUGUGUCAAAGCGACUCCACAGACUUGAUUGGAGCUAUUUUGGCAAGCCAGAAGUCGAACGUCCCAGCCGUGUUUAAAGCACUCGCCGAAACUGUACUUGGAUUGAAGAGGAUAAGGACUCUCUAUGAGAACAGAAGACGUAACUGCGUCUCGUCCUAUCAUCAUGGCGAUAUUCUGGGACGUGUGGGCAGGCACAGCAUAAAAAAUCCUGUACCAAGCUGUUCCGUAGCUGCUGUGUGUCACGCCAUUUUGAAGGUUGGCAAAACGACAGAAACGCAUGCUGCAGUCGUGUGGUCCUUGGAACGCUGUGGUUUCUGUUGCUGUCUAAAUCUUGAUGACGUUUGUGCAACGUUGCUUGAUCAGUUUGAGCACCUUCCAGAGGAGGUUAGAUGCGACGUGCUUCGUCUUCUUGAAGGCAGUCUCUAUAAGCAGCUUUCUCGUCAACAUGCUGGCUCUCAGUGUUCAACAUGUUCCAGUCCUGGACUCUCUGCUCCAAUCACAAUGUCCUCCUACGAUCGACUCGUUACGUCUGCAGACGACAGCGUUGCGGUGCAAGUUCGGACUCACCUUCUUCAUGUCAUUGGAAUGGCGUGCAACGAUUUUAAGCUGCUGCUGUACUCCGAGGUCAUUCUUCCGUUAUUUUUUAGCUCGUGCGCUGGGGACAAGCCAGUGCUUUGUGAACUUUCAGAGCUGGCCCUCCCAAACUUUGUGUUGUCUGCACUCUCGAUGUCAGGUCCGGAAGUUAUCAGAUUGUUCGCGAGCGAGUCGCAGAAUCUUAAUCUGCUGAUUGGAUUCUUGCGCACUUGCAGAGCGGAUGCAGAGAGGCACCUAGCGAUAGGGUUACUAGAAGUUGUAGUCAGGUGCACAUUGCAAGACGAAAAUCCGUCCAGCGAGCUUGAUGUGCUCCAGAUGUUCUUUGACUUCCUCGCUGAGCAGACGAAAGGGUACUGCUCCAUUUCAAAGGUGAUUUCCGUCCAGUCCUUGACGUCCAACUUUUCCUUACGGUCGCCUGACGUCUCGAAUGAAAAGUCUGACCAGUUGGCUUUCUUGUGUGAUCUGUGGUCGUCGUGCAAGAGGAUGGCCAAGCAUGGAGUCGUGCGAAGAUUUCUUGCAACUGGAAGGUGUUCAGGAGAAGGCUACUUCCUGCUGAUGCGUUUGGUGGAUGAACUAGUCGAAAACGAAGAGCCGAGCAGGGUGUUGUUCGUUACGGUAGACGCUCUCCUUGGACUUUACUUACAAACCUGUCCAGUGCAGCUUUGGACGCAUGAGAAGUGUCUCAGUCGAGCUGAACUUGUGCGGGAGAUGCGCAAUCGCUUGUAUUGCUAUACUGGCAAAAGCAUGCGCGAUCGUCGUCUGCUGUUGGAUGUGUUAAUUGGGAACUUGGUUUACUGCACAAGCAGUAAGGUUCCACCAUCCUCCUGCACAGAGUAUCUUCGAACACCUCAACAUUUGAGAGAAACAGACCAGAGUUUCAGCUCUGUUGAUGUUGAUGGGACUUCAUUCAGGCUUGACUCUGGCUAUGAAGCUGACCUUGAGGCAUGUACCGAGGACACCCAGCUGUGUAGCAGAGUUGCACCGUCAACACAGAUAGACUCCUCCAUUAUCUGCUAUGAAGAAAUGUGCGGCCUUGUGUUGGACAUGUUGUGUCGGCUGUACUCGCAUCAUGACGGUGUGGAUUCCCAUGAAGUCGCCCUACAUGUAAUUAGACGCCUAGAGGCACUCUGCACACAACAUACCCUUAUGCUAGACGUCCUCUACAGAAAGAACGCCAUAAACAAGAUGUGUCAUGCAUUCACACAUCUACUCAGCUUUCCGGAAUCCAGCAUCAAGGACCUGCAAGAGUCUCUUGUCAAUUUGCUUGUGAUGCUGUGCAAGCACAAAACUUCCUCCGAAGAUCUCAAGAGUUACUUCCAGCUCUUCAAGGGAUCGAAGCCUGCUUUUGCCAUUCUGCUUGGAGGACUCAUAAGGCUGAUUGGCCUGGCGGAAGAAGGACCCCAGUGCUGCUUACGUUUCCCUGUUGCUGUGACAGAAGAGUUGAGUACAGACUCUGAUGACGAAAUUGUUGUACUUCUCAGCUGCUGUAACGCAGCAUUGCCUCAGGAACUUUGUGAAGAAUUUCCAUGGCACCUUCGUAGUGAAUACGAACGAAGCAAGAAUAAUGUCUGGACAACUGCAGCAGGGGCUCUACUUCUGGGCUCUGACGGUUCAUGGUCUCCCUUCAAGGAGUGCUUCUCAUUAGCCUUCUGGCUUCGUCUACGGCCCCCUCCAGUGUAUUCAUCCUCUCUGCUGCAUGUUGCAUCAGUGGGGUCCGACGAACUGCUGUUGGAAAUGUGGGUCGUUCCACUUCACGGUAGCGUGGUCCUCCGCAUGUCUCAGGGUACCAACAUUGUGUCUGAGCUCACAUUUCCAAACAUACUUCCUCUUGGAUUGUGGCACCAUGUGGGAUUGACUUACAAGGAAACGUCUGCAGGGUCUCCCUAUUUAGCUCAGGUGACUGUAUUGGUUGAUGGACACAGAAAAUACACUGGUAGCCUUUGCUUUGAAGCAGUGGAAGAGAUUUCAAAUCAUCCCUUCUUUGUGGCACUGGGACAUGGGCGUGCAAAAUUUGGUGGCUCUUUGGAGCUAGGAAACCUUCUGUUCUUCAGAGGGUACCUCCUUACAAUGCAAGAAAGCUUCACAAUCUACGCUGAUGGUCCUGACCAGUGCAGCAUUACACCAUGUGCACUGACAUCAACAAAUUUGCCUCCUGUCUUGAACCUUUCAUCUGAGUUUCUCCAGCCAGAACUACCAUUUUCAUUACUGUCUGGAAAUAGGAAAGACUCAAUGGCCAUUUUGCAGGAGAAGCUAUUUUUGUCGUACAGUCCAUUAUCGAGCAACAUUUUCUCUGUUCAUCCGCAAGUUGCAAUGACCAGUGGGCUCUCAUCUGCAAUUUCCAGCGCAUUCAGGCCCAUGUCUGACAGUGCCCGUGCUUCUCACCGGAUACCAGUCACUAGGGCCGUGCUUCAACUGGAGACAUUCCGGGUCAUGUACAAGCAUCAGUUUCAUCAGGCGCUAUGUAACCUAGGAGGUGUAGCAGUGUUCCUUUUUCUUGUUGCAAGGGUUGUGGAGUGCACUAGUGAUGAAAUGUCUCAAGCCCUUGCACUAGAGGCCUUGUUCAAACUGCUGCAACAGCAUCCAGCUCAUAUGACCCACUUCCAAGAGAUGGAUGGCUUGAAGCUGUUGGCACAGGUCUUUCGCAACGCACAAUGGCUCGCAUCUCCCUCUGCCCUAAGGGUUGCCGUGAACACAUGUUUGAGCAGCCCGAUGUUGGACUAUGACGCAACGGCCCCGAGCAAACUUCGUGUAGUUUCUUCUCAGUCUUCCACAGAAGAUGAAGCAAUACUUGUGUGGCCUCAGCUGCUCUGUACCAUUCUGAGCAAUUGGAGCACUGGACCCGGCUGGACUACGGUCCUGAAGGUGACAUGGGCUCUUGUAAGGGAUCGUCAUCCUCACCGCAAGUUCAACUUGCACCAAGGAGCACCUUUGUUUCUCUGCCUGCUCACAAGGAUUAAGGAAAUCCUACUCGAAAACGACAAGUGGCACCUGGACAGGAUCUCUGUCGUGCUCAUAGUACAUAUCUUGGAAGCCUUUGUAGAUGACCCCUUGGAAUCUAAUCAGGUGCCUUCUCGCCUAAGUGCCUGCUUUGACCUGGCCUUGUUGCUUCACAAGAUAUCGGAUGCCUACGUAUGUGACACACGGUCUGCCUUCUAUUUUUUUCCUCCGUCCCAGUGCCUUACCAGUGAAAGCCCAGUGACACGGCCGUGGUCACCAGCCUUGUAUGCAGUAACCGAUGUGUCAUCACCGUGCAGUUCUGAUCAAGAGGUGAAGUAUGAUGCCAGUGAGAAAGACUUCACACACGGGGAAGACGGAGCUGUGUUGGAAGGCCUGCCAGCAAUGCCAGGAAGUGACUCCAUAGCGCAUAAUGCACAUGAGUCAGUUGAAGGUGGGGCAAGUAUUACUGACAAGAACCUUCAAUUCCUUUAUGGCCACAAUGAUGCAAGCUCUCUAGUUCCCCUGACCAACAUACAGCACAGUGAAAGGGACAUGUCAUGGAGCAUUCCUCGUACCUUAAGUAGCACAUCGACCAUGACUUUGUCACUGACCACUGUUGGCACGAAUGAGCCUGGGCAGCCGACAGGGCCAUGUUCUUUUGGCAGCACCCUGAAGGGAAGGCAUAGGACAACCCAACCCUAUUCAACCGUUGACUCCUCAUCGUUGUGGGAUGAGGAGUUCCAAACUGAAGUCUCUGAAAACGGUGGUGUUGUCAUGCUUGUUCAAGGGCUGCUUCGCCUGACGUGCAAUAUCCUGAUGACGUCCCCAAAGCCUAUGGUCUGCCAGAAGCUUGAACCAGUUCUGCGACCUGAAGUGCUCAUUGUAUUGGCCCUCAACAGCAGUCCCUCUGUUUCCAACGAGAUACUGUGUGUGCUAGAUGCGUACCUUGCCAAAGCCUCUCAGGAACUCUUAACUCGCUUCCUUCGUGUAAAGGGUUUUCAACUGCUGGGUGCCCAGUUAAGCCGCCAUCCUGCCUCUGAAGCUCUUGUUCGUUCGUGCUUUGGUCUCUUUUUGGGCCGGAGGGUAAUGUUUGACAGGCCUGUUGCAUUGGAGGCUGUGCCUGAACACCCCAUCAGGCGUGCAGCUUCUGUAUUGGUAUUGUCGGUGCUACCGCAAACUGCCUAUGACUUGAAGUUGUGUAGUGCUACACUGCACUUUCUUUGGCAGAUUUGUAAUGCUGUGGAUGGUGCUGCCAAGGUGCUGAGCAAUAACAAUGUUGGUGAAAGCUUGGUUUACCUGAUCUGCUUGCUGCCCCACAAUAAUACCAGGAGUAGUGGAGUAUUUCCAAAGGAUAUUGUCGAGGACAUCCUUGAGCUCCUUCGAGUCAUUGUCCUACAGACAUGCCGGUUUGUCACUCGCAGCAGCAAGAAGCUGUCACUUGACUGUUUCUACACCCUGAGUGACCUCUUUGCUUCUCAGUUAUCCUUGCAUUCUUCUAAGUGCGGUAAUGCAAGUGAAGGAUGCAUUCCUGUCUUCCGCAGCUGCCAAGCGAUCUUGUUCUCUGCUGUCUUGGACCUGCUACGAUCAUAUCACUCGGGCGUUUACAGAUCCAGUAGUUGGUCUCAGUCAAUCAUUGAAGGAUUUACGGCGCUCGGUUCAGCACCGCUUGACUACAUGUCCUUCUCAUCGUCAUCGGAUCUCGUUCUGGGAGGACCUUCAGAUCAUUUAGCUACCUCUUCACCCGUGUCCGAGGUGCCACAGGUUGAGCAUAAUGCACCCCCUGCAGCAGUUCUUUCUAGAGAACUACACAAUAUCUUCCUGCAGGCCUGCGAUUUUGUCCUCUACAAAUGCAUGAAAUUCGAUGGGUCAUCUCAUGAACUUUCCUUAACAAGCAACUUGGUCAAGAUGGCUGUUGUUGGCACAGCACUAAAAGCAUCUAAAAAGAAGAAACACAUGCAUCCCUUGGAAAGGAUGACAUACUCUCUACGAGGAUCUUACAAGAGCCAGCUAGGGCAGCUGUGUUGUCAUCUCCUUUCACCGACUCAAGAUCCACACCUUAGGCUCCAAAUCGUAAAGGACUUGUGCAGCUGCAAUGACUAUGAAGAUGCCAUUCUGUCCCUGUCACAAUUAGAGAACAAUACCACUAGCUUAUUGGUGGGCUUCACCCAGGAGCUGUUGCAUGAACACGCCAGUAAGACUUGUGCCGAAGACUGUACAGUUGUUGAAAAACUGCUAAAGACCUUGAGGAAAUGUUCAUCUACUGUGCCAGGCCCACACGCGUUACAGAAUCUAAGCGUGUCCGAGUUGGAAAACCAAUGGAAGACCCAGUGGGCGCAAGGAAGGGAUAGCUGGCAUUCGAAAGAGAAGUCCCAUAUAGGCCGCUAUAAAAGCAGGGUGAAGAAGUUGGAAUCGAAAGCUUCAAAGGCAUCUGUGGAAGCCACACACAUGACCCGAGCUGUAGUGGAGUUGCUGAAUGCGCUUCACAAGGAAUUUGUGUUGGCCACAAAGACCCGCCAGGGACGAGAUGUGGCCAUCAAGCAAGCAUGGUGCCGCCUAGCAAAUGCGCUCACUCAUGAACGAGCUGUGUGGUAUUUCCCAGAGUGCUUCCCUAAAGCUUGGGAGCUAGACCCUACGGAAGGUCCCUCUAGAGUGCGCCGACGAUUGCGCCGUUGUUUCCUGCAGCUUGACAAGAGGUUCUUGCUGCCAGAAUUUCAGGGUAACAUAGGACCAAAACGAGCAAUGCCACUAGAGUUCCUCUACAGUAGUGAGUUUGCCGACAUGCACUCGUCAGCCUUCCUGCAUCACCUUCACGUGAAGGAGAGGAUCACGUAUACCUGCAGGUGCAAGAAAAUUUGUCCGUCUACGGAAAUGUCUGGUGAAGUUCUGCUAGGUGAGAAAGCGGUGCAGUUUGUACCAGAUAUUCUUGGCAUCCAAAAGGGACACUUAGGUGUCGUGCACGCUGCCCACGACAUCUGGAACUUCGAAGACAUUAAGCAGGUCUUCUUGCGGAGGUAUCAGUUGCAAGACAGUGCGUUGGAGGUGUUUCUUCGCACCGGUGUCACUGCGUUGUUAGCAUUUGACACAACAGCGGAACGCAACGAGAUGUGUACGCGUCUGAAGGGAUGCGUGCCGCCAAUUCAGGUCUCUCUCUCCGAGUCCCUCGAGUCGGCUACUCAGUCCUGGCAAGAGCGCCACCUAACAAACUUCGAAUAUCUGACCUUGCUCAACAAGCUGGCUGGUCGCUCAUUCAAUGACCUCAUGCAGUAUCCAGUAUUUCCUUUUGUGCUUGCUGAGUACGACGCUCACCAUAUUGACCUGCUUGACGCUGCAUCAUUUCGGAAACUGAGCCGUCCAAUGGCAGUGCAGGAAAAGAAAUGGGAGUCGUACUUCAUAAGCAAGUACAAGGUAGAUCCAACGUCUGAGGCUAAUGUGCUUCCCUUCAUGGGGCCAUGUCACUAUCGUUCACACUACAGUAACAGCGGCACCGUGCUUCAUUUCCUCAUUCGUCUACCGCCAUUUACGCAGAUGUUUCUGGCAUACCAAGACAAUAAUUUUGACUUUCCUGAUCGAACGUUUCACAACCUCCACACGACAUGGCGUUUGGCAAGCAGCGAAUCUACCACGGAUGUAAAGGAGCUCAUACCGGAGUUCUUCUUCUUGCCAGACUUCUUGGCUAAUGGCAAUGGCUUCAACUUCGGAGUGCGCCAAAAUGAGGAGACCGUCGGGGAUGUGACGCUACCACUGUGGUGCCGGGGUGACCCUCGCCUCUUUGUGCUCGUGCAUCGUCAGGCACUUGAGUCGGCCAUAGUUACAGAGCAGCUGGGACACUGGAUUGACCUCAUAUUUGGUUACAAGCAGACGGGCAAGGCUGCCGAAGAAGCCAUUAAUGUCUUCCAUCCUGCUACAUACUACGGUGUGGACAUUAACCUCGUAAUGGACCCCCUCACGGAGGAUGCUCUAAAAACGAUGAUUCGUACCUAUGGACAAAUGCCGAAGCAGCUGUUCCAUUCCCCUCACCCUCUAGUUAACCUCUCCGUCCGCGGCCCGCCCAAGAAUCCGACACAGCAGGCAGUUAUGCAAGAGGUCAAAGGUCUACAGUGGGGACGCUUUGUGGGGUCUCCAGCAGAAGCAGAGCCACAUCUUGUGAUUCUGCUCACUGGGAACAGUGUGGGAAGCCUUCAGGCCUUGCUGACCAAUGAUGUGUGGGGCCUUAUGCCUAACAAUUGCCUUUUACUUGCCUAUAACCAAGAGAGUGGAAGCAGCACUAGCAGCAUAUGUGUCGUGAGUACAGCUUUGGUUUCCUGGGGCCACCCAGACAACAUAGUGCGUAUCAAGCUCAAGAAGGAACCUGUGCCACUUUUGCAAAGCCCACCUUUUGACUCUGUGUGCCUUUGUUCAGCAGCUGCAGACUGCAAGUUACUCUUUGUGGGUUAUACGUCAGGCCUUGUUACUGCCUUCAGCGUAAACAUUACCGCAAACAAGGUACAACAAAUGUCGUCCCCGGUGUCCCUCUUGGCACAUUCGCAGCCCAUAACUUCUAUUCAGAUCUGCAAGGCAUUUAGCAUUGUGGUCACGGCUAGUCGGGAUGGAUCCUGCAUUGUGUGGGAUCUAAAUAGGUUGAGCUAUGUAUGCACUGUCGAACAGGACAGCAAUCCAGUUGAGCAUGUCUGCGUUAGCAACACACUGGGAGACAUUGCGAUGGUUAAAGCAGUUGGGGACACAGACCACAGCAUCAUGAAAGUGAGCACCAUCAAUGGUGUGGCCGUUGGGCAGGUGGACACAGCUGUUCCGAUUACGUCCCUUUGUUAUUCCUGUGCGCCCGAGGGCAUAUCCGUCAAUGUCAUCGCAGCAGGCAUGGCUAAUGGGAGAAUAAUGCUUUGGAGCUCAUGGGACCUGAGUCUUGUGCGAGAAAUCAUGUCUGAUCAGUCUGAUAUUCCUAUAGUAAGUUUGACUUACUCACAAGACAAUAAGUACCUGUAUGCGGUCAACACUGAAGGUACUGUUUUGAUAUGGGAGCAGCAGUCUAAGAGUGAGACAAAGCUUCCACGCUUCCACAUGUUUCAUUGACCACGUAGGUGCAUUGAGGAAGCUGGAAUUGUUUUCUGCUUUGUGUUCUCACUCUCAAGUAUUUUUUAACCUUCCUAUCAUGGUAUAGCAGCAAGAGAGUUUAAUGUCUUCCAUAAUUCAAAGUCCUAUUUAUUUUCCUAUGGUCAGCUCAGUUGCAUGUCUUCAUCAUCUAGUGCUAGUCUUGGAAGUGCAUUAAUUUUUGCACUGUGGAGAAACAGAAGGCAGCGUACUAUGUAUAUGUCGAUGGUUAUAGGUUGCUCUGCAGAUUCAUUCAGAAUGUAUUUGUGAGUUACUUCUUACAAAAAUGAACGAGAGUGUACACUGUGCUUCAGAAGAAAAGAAAAAUGUACAGCGCUACAUGUUUUUCUUAUAUCUUUACUAGUCACAUAUUGUGCGAAUUGCGUGCAAACUGAUAGCGGUCACAAUGAUAUCAGAGGUAUGCACUAUUUUUGCAUUCCCUCUUAGAAUGUUUGUGUUCUUUUGUAAAUGCAGGUUAUAGUGUAAGGAAACUGUUGCUUGCUCCCUUAGGUUUUCAGACUGUUUCACUUCAGUGUAUAGGGCUUGUUCAUUUCCCAUUUGUUCCAUGGCAUGAAUGUGAGUUUAAUCAUUUGGUGAGUAGCCAGUGAUUUAGCAUUAAUAAAUUGUACUCUAUUGGGC